CUAGGAAUUACUUGGCGACAUGUCCAUCACAAUCUUAGCAGCCACCAGUCACUUUAAUUCAGCCUCGCGCUAUUUGUCUGACAGUCAGCAGCUUAAACUCUUGGCUGUUAGUUUGCUUUAGGUAGAGAUCCCCAGGCGGAGAUCAUUGUGUGGGGCGGACGGUCCAGCUAUUAUCUGACAUGCGGAGUACCACAUACCAGGCUUGACACAUUCAGGGUUCGUCUGCCUUCGUUCGCUCUGUCAUAAAUACAUCGUGCCUAGUCUCGCAAAGGUUCUUGCCAAGUCGAAGAUCGAAAGUCAAUAUGCGUCGGUCGCUGUUGCCAGUAGAACCUUGGCCGGCCAGUCGUGAUGCCCCCAUAUCUGACAACGACAGGCUUACACUGCGCUUCCCAAUCAUCAUUAGCCAAGACAGCUUAAUCUCAUCCGCUGAGAAGCUUCAGGAGCUCGUUGGUCUUCCAACGCUCCCCCCGGUUGUGACCACACGGACAGCACCCAGGCGAUGGGCGCCUAGGCGAGGGGAAGUUUUGGAGGCUACUCCCGCUGACAGAGAAGUGCAGAUAUGUCAUGUUGACGGGGAUCAGCUAGAUAAGAUUGAAGAAGCCACGGAAGGCGAGUCGAUUAGCGUAUGGUUUAGGGGGAUGAGAAGGGACGCCUGGAUGGCAGAGUCGCUAAAGCUAGUAUCACAGAACUUAGAUAUCGGAGAGAGUCUCUCGUCGCAACAGACUCUAAGUGCUGAGGAGGCCAACUUAGAGGAAACGCAAACUGCACACACGUCGCCAUGGUCAGCGGGAGCUUGGCAGGCCGCUCAUGAAGCCUACUCGUCUGGCACGGAUAAGCCUCCGCCACGAUUCCCAAUCAUCAUUAGUCAAGACAGCGUAAUCUCAUCCGCUGAGAAGCUCCAGCAGCUCGCUGACCUUCCAACGCUGCCGCAGAUUGAGACCACAAGGACAGCACCUAGGCGAUGGGAAGAUUUGGACGCCCCUCCUGCCGAUGAUAGAGAAGUAUAUAUAUGCGAUGUCGAUUUGGGCCAACAAAUCAAAAUUGAAGAUACCACAGAAAGCGUCUAGUUAUGGCCCCUUUAUUAUGCAAUCUACACAGUUUAUUUCAUUUACUCGAUACGCACCACUCAGGAGGGCUUCUCCGAUACUGCUUCAGUGUUGGCAUUAAUAUACCUGAAAUCAUCGCUGCGGAAUUCCGCGUCGAAAGCCUCCACAUCCGACGGCUCCCGGAAAUACAUGCCAGAGCCCAUAACGUGUUGGAAUUCAACAGC